GAGUGUCUUCUGUGUGUCAUGGCUGACAAGGAGGAUAAUCGUGACCGUGAUCAAGCGCGAGGAUCGCAAAUGACAGCCGGUAGGUUUGCAGAAUCUGCUUUUUCGCAGGCGGUGGACCUUCUAGAAAGAAGCGUUAGCUUACUAAAAGAAUCGCCUUUGGAAAGAAACGUAUCAGCACCUUUGGAAGAACUCCAAGGCCAACGUGCUCUUGCAAAUUACAGGUUAGGUUUGUAAGCUUAAAUUGUCAUAAUAUGUUUCAUUAUCCUAUGGAUCUCCAUUUACAAAUCAUGAAUGCUUAUUUCCAUAUUUCAGAUAUUUCUUUUAAUUGAUGAAUAUUUUAUAACUUAUGAGUAUAGUCUAAACAGUACUCUGAAAUGUCUUGAAGGAAAUGCCCGGGAUUUUUUUCCUUUCCCAGUGAGUGGCAAUCAUGAAUGAACAAUAUGGCGAUGUAUCUUUUCACUAAAUUUGAUUUUAAAAAAUGUGCAAAGUUUCCAUUUGAAUUCUUUUGUGCUACACAUCGGGCAGGACUGUUUUUUGCAUGACGCUUUUGUUUUUUCAUAGUGUAAAAUAUAAACUAGAUUUUAGUGGAUAUAUGCAUGUAUGUCAGGGGCACCCAACGAGAAUAUAGUUCAAAACCACUUAAACAUAGCAUUGUUAAACGUAUUUUAGUAUUUAAACAGUAGAUAAAGACAUAUUUUUAUCCCCUAAAAAUUUUUCAUCUGUUCGGAUUUCCUAGCUGAAAGUCUAGUGAUCCGAAAAUUAUAGGGAUCAAAACUCGCCUUUUCGAAAAUUUCAGCCAGAAAAAAGGCUCCCGAAAAUUCUAGGUGACCUUUUUAGGGUGAAAAUCCGUUAAAAAUAGGCAAUUAUACCAUUUUUUAGAUGUUCGAAAAUCCUAGGAGAGGCAGGCAAGCAAGAAAUUAUACAACAAAUGUUCCGAAAAUUGUAGAUCUCAAAUCGUCUUCCGAACAGAUAUUUUUCCGAAAAUUGUCGUUGGGUGCCCCUGGUAUGUGUUGUAGCUCAACUGAGAUUCAGGUCGAAAUAAAAUUCCUUUGUCUCCCAACCCAGUUAUUCAUGAUUUCAUGAAUAAUUAGGAUUAGGGGACAAAGGAAUUUCAUUUUGACACAGGUUAACAUCAUUUUGACCUAAAACAAGUAGCUGCUCUAUAAACAGAUUGGUAGGCAGAUAAAUAGAUAGCUAGACAUUCUAAAUAAGUGCAUGUAUUAAGUUUAUUAGGGUGUAACCUCUAUUUUUCCAAGGCGUAUAUAUCCAGGCCCCUCGAGGACUCAGGCAGCAGGUCAGUCUGCAUCAGGCCAAACAGCUUCAGGACCCACAACCUCGGCUAACCGCAGUUUGUCAUCAUGGUGGCCAAGCCCAGCCUCAGUCCCAAGUUCCAGUAGUAAGAAAUCUUCCUUCCGCUUCCAGCCUUACAAACUCAAAGAAACCUGGACACACGAAUUCUGCGUUGUAGCUGAUAAAGAUCAACGUCAAGUUCCAUCAACUGCAAUGAAACAAGAGCUACGGGAAGCUGGUCUUGGUCAAAGACGGAUUGUGUUUAAAAAUAAGAAAGGUGAUUUUAAGCACAUUCAGGAAGGCCUUUUCAGCAAUUUUCCAAAGCUGCGAGAGGCUGGUGGGUUUGAGCUCUACAGGCAGCAAGAAGGGAAAAGCUUAUGCUAUAUCAAACCACCAGCAUCUGGUUACACCAUUCCAUUUUUAAAGUACACAUAUGGGAUUAAGUCUGCCAUACUUUAUGUGCUUCCAAUCCAAAGAAGCCUUUCCAUGGAUCCAGUGGUUUUGGAUGAAGAGGAGGUAUGUGUUGUGUGUAUUGUUGACAGCUUGUGAAAAGUUGCUGUUUCACAGCAGAAAUGGUUAUUCAUGAGUUGUGAAGGCGCCUAAAACAUUUCCAGAUUUUGGUGGUACAGAAAACAUUGAUUAAAAGUCCUUCUCUCUUUUUUGAAGGUUGAUGAUGUCAACAUUCAGACCCAAGAAUGCUAUCAGUGUGGCAUAGCAGUGCCUUUAAGGACCUUAAGGGAACACCUUAAGAAAUGCAUUUGUAUUGCUGAGCCCGUGGUUGAUGAGCCUGUGGUUGCUGAGUCUGUGGUUGAAGUUGAGGUUUGUGAGUGUUUAGCUUACUAGGAGACAUGAUUUGUUUUCCAGCAGAUCUUGUGAAACAGGCAAGAAAUCAUAACACACACUGUUUCAGUGGGGUGCUUGAGCAAUGUUGGGAUAAGAUGCUAUAUGCUAGGACAUACAUGUAAUAAUAUUAUUAUAUAAUUAUGCCUGGUUGCUUUAGGGGCAUAUGACUGGUUUAAUGAGCAUCUGUUUGAAAAUAUAAUCCUAGUUAUGGUUUCUAUGAUGUAGGGGGAAUAAAUGUAAAGUAGUUUGGUGGAAAAAGUGCUUAGUGUCUGUAACCAAAUGAUGAGGAUUGUAUGUCCUCUUACUCUUUAUGUACUGGUAAUUUUCAACUUGCAAAGUAAGAAGGCUUUGUUUACUUCUGCAAAAGGCAAUUGGCAUUCAUCAUGUGAGAGGUUUCCUUGGUGACCCAUUAGCUGUAGACAGUGCAUUAACUGUGUUUGUGCAGUUACCAGGUGGCUGGUUGGUCUUAAUUCAGUUUUAAUUUUGUUUGUUUCAUCUUGUUUCAUAUUUUUACAUUCUACUUUCCACAAAAUUUCCCUUAAAAACAGUCCUUCAAUUUUUUAAUUCAUCAAUUAUUUUGCUAUAGGCCAGUGAUGAUGAUUCAGCUGAUGAACCUCCAAACACUUUAUUUUGUAAAAGGGAGUUCACAUCCAGUGCUCCAAGCACUUCAUCUAGCACAGGUGAUUUUAACAAAUACAGCUGUACCUUUAAUUAUUGUUGCAGUUGUUUGGAGUUAACACACCAAUCUUUGCAUAAAACUGCUAUAGAGUGAUAUCUUAAUUGGAAUGUGAUAUCUAAUAUUUUACAUUGAUUACUAGACUGGAAAGGUUAUUGGCUAACUGUAGCCUUCAGGCAAAAAAAUAAGUAUCUACCCAUGCUCCUGAGCUGAGAACAGUCAGAGCAAAUGUAAAGAGAGUUGCAUUUUGAGGCCAAUUUGCAAUAUGAUGCUGGAUAGAAACAGCCACAAAUUUAAGAUCUGUUAUGAGAGUACUUUGUAGGUAACUGUUGAUUCUUGAAUUAUAUCCUUUAUACUUACAGGGUCCUCAUCUAGUGCCAGUAAUGAAGGGUCAACCCUAUGCCCAUCCCAAACAACUUCUUCUGAUCUUCACCAGUUAACACAAAUGUUUCCUGCAAAUGACAUCACAUAUCUCAAGCAAGUUCUUGAAGACUGUGGUACAGUUUCUCAUGCUGUUGCUAAAAUUUUGGGAGAUGAGGAAACCCCAUCAUCUGUGCAUGGUAUGGAAAGGAAAAUCUCAGUUCAGUACUUUAGCCAACAUGAUUCAUGUUUGGUCCAGACAUCAGUUAUCUCUAAUUCCACAACAGAUUGUGGAAUCAUAUAAUUUUUUUUUACUGCCACAAAGUACAUAAUGAUUGUUAAGUCCUUUCAACCUUCUUUAGUAUACUUCACCAUUAAUGUCAUUAGUAUUCAUAAGUAACUUGUUCAAAUUUACAAUAGGUGAUGAUGCAAUUGAUGAAAUAGAAGACACACCUCUUGCAGCCAUAGGCAUGAUAACAAAUGAAGAUGAUGCCCUAAGAAAGUUCAUUCAAAGUGCAGUUUCACCUUUUGGAAUAGAGGUUGAUGUGCAGGUGAACCGGGAUCAUAACAUGCUGACACAGAUGAUAAGAAAAUACAAAAACCCAGCAUUUGAUGUAACAAAGCCUCUCAAUGUACAAUUUCAUGGGGCUGGUGAGCAAGGUUUAGAUGCUGGUGGAAUCACAAGGGAGUACUUUUACUUUCUUGUGGAAAGUAUGAAACAAUGUUCACCAGAUGGAAUCACACUCUUGGAAGGUGCUUUGGGUCAUCUUGUACCCAAACAUGAUUAUGAGCUGUUGUCAAGUGGCAUGUUCAUAAUCAUGGGGAAGAUGAUUCUGCAUGCAGUGCUCAACAAUUGUUGUGGAAUAUCAGGCAUUUCUCCUGCCAUUGUGAAAUACAUUGCCACUGGCAAACGGGAUUCAUCUGUUGAAGACAUCGCAUUGGAGGACAUCCCUGAUCCCUGUAUGAGAGAACAACUAAAACAGGUUUGUGGUUAGUUGAUGUUUGCAGUAAAUGGGAUGCACCAAAAACCCCAGGGAAAUUUCCAUGUGACACACAAUUUCCAUUUCCACAAACAUUCCCAAAGGUCGGGCUUACUGUGCGAUUCAAGCUGAUAGGCCUGGAAAAUGAGCAAAUGAGAUGCAAAAUGCCAUUUGGGUAUUUUGGACUACCUUUCCAGAAAAACCAUUUUCUCAAGAAAUUUUCCAUUUGGGAAGACCAAACUAGACUUCCAUUUACAUUCCAGCCCAAAUUUCCAGAUUUUUUGGUAACACUAACAAGUAAACAACCUGUGUGUCAAGUAUUGAUAUUUAUUAACCUAUUUUUGCCAAGAGCUUGCAUGUAUUCUAACAAUGUAAUUCAUUAAUUUUGUUAUUUAACCAGCUUAUUACUUUCAUACAUACAGUGUACAGUGUAGACCAUGCUUGGCAUUUCUCUUUACUCCCCAUUACUGACCAGAAGCAAGCUCAACAAAACUUUAUUAUUUAUAAGAUUUCCUAAUAAAAACCCAUUGUUGCAAGAUAUUCAGUGUCAGCUGAAAUGUUGCUUUAAGUGUCCUCCUUUAAAAUGUGUUUAUUUCUUCUUCAAUCUUUAAAGCUUAUUACAUGUGAUGAAAAGGAUCUAGCCUCUUUCACAAGUCCAGAUACAAGAGAGAGCUUUUCAGAUAUCCUUUAUGCAUCUGGAUUUCCUUAUUUGGAAAUCACUGCUGACAACAGGUCUCUGGCUUAUGAAUGCUUUCUCCAGUACGAGGUCAUCAUGAAGCGCAUUCCAGCUCUGGAAGAUAUAAGGAAAGGAUUGGCCAGUGUGCGAGUGAAGGGAAUUACUUUGUUGGAUCUCUUGCGAACUCACCCUAACCUAACUGGACAUGUGUUCCUCAGUACAACAACAUAG